AAAGUUCGCUGAAUUACAACAACAACAACAAAUACAAAUACAUUAUUGUUGAACAUAACAACACGUUUGUUAACGUCAUUAAAACACAUAUUUAAGAGUAUUCAUUUGAGAUUUGCAUAACCAACUGUCUGUUGAAGGGCGCAGAUACCAUUGCAUUUUGUCAUCGUUGCCUUUAUUUUCUUAGACAAGUCUUGUAUGCAGGCUAGCAUGUGUUAGCAUAAAUGGUGAUGGAACAUUAUACAAUCUUGGGACGAAUUGGAGAGGGAGCCCAUGGGAUUGUUCUCAAAGCAAAACACAUUGAGAGUGGCGAAGUUGUUGCCUUGAAAAAGAUCCCAUUGCGUAAACUGGAGGAUGGUAUACCAAAUACUGCUCUCAGAGAAAUAAAAGCUUUACAAGAGAUAGAAGACAAUCCAUAUGUUGUGAAACUACGAGAGGUGUUCCCUCAUGGCAGCUCCCUUGUGCUGGACUUUGAGUACAUGCCCUCUGACCUCUCUGAGGUCAUACGCAAUUCAGAUAAGCCCCUCACAGAGGCCCAGGUGAAAUCCUACAUGCUCAUGCUGCUGAAAGGGGUUGCUUUCUGUCACGAGAACAACAUUAUGCACAGGGAUCUUAAGCCUGCCAAUCUUCUGAUCAGUUCUACAGGACACCUGAAGAUUGCUGACUUUGGUUUGGCGAGAGUUUUCCAGAACAAGGGCAACAGACUAUACAGCCAUCAGGUGGCCACUCGAUGGUACAGAGCCCCAGAACUGUUGUAUGGUGCAAGGAAGUAUGAUGAAGGAGUCGACCUAUGGGCAGUAGGCUGUAUAUUUGGAGAACUGCUGAACAAUUCACCACUCUUUCCAGGAGAGAAUGACAUCAAGCAGCUGUGCUGUGUACAGGGAGUGUUGGGGACACCGAACGAGAAGAUAUGGCCGGGAAUGCACGAGUUACCGGACUACAACAAGAUCACAUUCCCCGAGGCUCACCCGGUGCCGUUUGAGAAGGUGGUGCCUGAUGCCUCCCUGGAGGCCCUUGACCUCCUGAAGAAGUUCCUUGUGUACCAGUCCAAAAACAGGAUAUCAGCGAAGGAGGCGCUGGUGCAUCCAUAUUUCUUCACGGAACCACUUCCGGCUCACCACUCAGAGCUGCCGAUCCCACAGCGCAGCCAGCGCGGACUCCAGCGGCGGCAGAACGCGCACCAGUACAACAUAGAGGCCCCACUUGACAAGUCCUGCAUUGACCCAGAGCUCCUGGCGCCACAUGUCGUGAAAAUUAAAUGAUCUCUUUCCGUUUUAUUGCAAUUAAUGUGGUUUGAGUUUGGUCAUGGUAUAGACUUUAGUUUAUAACCAUGGCCAAGGAAUGUAAAUAGGCUCGAGCUUGUCACGGAAAUGCGAUCUUUUAAAGAUAUUGGUAGUUUGUCAUCGUUUGGGAUCGCAUUUUCACUAGUGAAGCACAAUUUGAUGUUCUUAUAUAUUUUUAAAGGCUGAAUUAAUAAGUGGAAAAUUUUAUUCUGAUAUACAGUAGAUUGAUUAAUAGUUUUGAAAACGAUUUUGAAAGAGAAAUGUGUUGCCUUAUUUUAAUGAAAAAACCCUGACCUGAUGAUAUUUGUUUGCCUUAGAGCUUCAGGUGAACGAUUUAUAUUACGGUAAGACCGAUAAGUUACUUCGAUUGCGGCGAAAUAACAAACCUUACAUUCGGGAGUGCAUUUCCUUUAUGUGAUUGACAUAUUUAAGAAGCGUUGAUUGUAUUUCACCUUAUUAUGUACUUUUAUGACAUGAACAUUUUGUGUUACCGGUAGAUCUGUGAUAUACAUAACAUUUAUAAUAAAGAAGCAGACAGGUG